AUGCUCCCUGUAUUGCUAUGGAGGCCGAUCAUCGACGCCUUUUGGCCCUUUCCUGAUGACGCCGACGAAAUGGAGAGAUACACCCAUGUCAGAGCUCGCUUGCAGCUGGCGCUCGUGUGCUGGAACUUUCACAGCAUCGUCAAGUCAUCUAACGAUCGUCUGCACUUUGUUGGAGAUGCGCUGACGGAGUACUUGGACAGCCACAUCCACUCGCCAUUCUGCUUGCUCUCGACAUCGCCCAUCACUCUCGAGCUGAGAAUGCAGGCGCAUCAUCUCAACAGGCUGAAGCCACGAUCCUUCACAGAGUGCCUCGAGCGAAUGAAUCUGCACCACGUCAUACAGUUGCGCGCACCAGUCAGGAUGCUGCCGUUGAGCCAUCCGCUUCCCCAACUGCGGUGCCUCGAGUUGGUUGUCUACGAUGACCUCUCCACCGGCUUCAGCUUCGAAUCAGAGUUGGACACACUGCGGCAGCUCGCCACGCGACACAAGUCCGUCGAGAAGCUCUCGCUCCUCGCUCUCCUGAGCUGGGAGAGCAGAGACAACGACCACUACGAGCAACUGCUUGAGGCUUUAUCCCACAGCUCCGCGCUACCACUCAAGGAGCUGCGGAUCCUCGACGAGCGGGAACACAACUGCAUCUCGACGCAUGUUGUCGUAGCACCCGGCGCCCUCUUCUCGCGAUUGAACCACUUCAAACAGCUCGAGUCUCUCUGGUUGGGCAUCAGCCGCCCUGCAGUCUGGCGCAAUGACAAGGUCUUCUAUGAAGCCCUGGUCCACUUUCUCAGAGGGGCGACAGCAUUGCGGUCAUUGGAGAUGCCGCAUAUCGAGGUUACUGGCGAGACGAGCAUUCUCUUCCAACACCUGGUGCAACACCAACAGAGCAGCCUCACCGACCUAUGGCUAGGAGAGGUGGACGACACCAUCCCAAUCAGAUGUCUCCCGCCCGUGCUCCGUCACCUGAAGCGGCUGAAUGUGAACUUCCUCACACCAGAAGGAAUCGAAGAGGAUGAUGGCUGGGAACCCAGCCAGCUGCUCAUAGAUUCGUUCAACAACGUGGAUCAACUCUAUCACUAUAACUGCUGGUGCACACCUCUGUCUCUGGCUACCAUCACAAGGAUCAUCGCGGCCAACCAUCGAUCGACCGCCAUCUAUUGCCUCCAUGUCUCGCUGGGCGAGGCAGACGACGUCGAUCACCUGGUUGACACUAUCCGUCUGAACAACACUCUCCAGACCAUUGGCUUCCCACACAUCACCUGCGAAGCAGACACGCAGAAGAUCAAUCAAUUACAAUCGUCAUCUUGUCGGGUACGCUUGGACGAGUGA